AUGUUUUCUCUAAAUAGAGUACGUCCUAGUGUUUUUGUCAUCGUAUCGCUAAUUUUGCUUGCUAGUGCACAAAAACCUUCCAACGGCCAACGAGACGUCGGCCCCCAAGAGCUGGCGAGGCAGAAUAAAAUUACCCAGCAGAUCCUGGAGGCAUAUAUACAGAAGAAAUUGGGGCUGGCCAGUGGCAAUGUCCGAGCCCCUUCCAUCUUUGACAUUCUACCGGCAAAGAAAACCGAGGAAAGAACGAUAAGGGAAUCGGCCAAAAAACUGCAGGCUCCAGAACCGGAGGAGUUGGAAAUGGAAGAUAUGUCGGAAAUGGCAGACCCACCUGAGGUCCAGGAAUACGUCGAAGAUGACAGUUUACAAAGCGUUGAGAGUGAGCAAAUAAACUCCGUUUUGUGUUUUAUUGUUUCAGGUAGGAGUAAAAAGUAUAGCAGCCAUUCUUAUGAAGGCGAGUCGGAGAAUAGUUAUCAAUGCUCAAGUUGCACAGAUGACGAGUUGGGUGUGACGCGGUGGACAAUGCCUUUGCUGAAAUCAGGAGAGAAAAGAUACUACUUAGGAAUAUUCUUUAAGGCAAACUGGUUCAAGGCACAGCAGUAUUGCAGAUUCCACGGGAUGCAUCUCGCCUCAAUCUCGUCGCAAGAAGAAAAUGACAGGCUAGAGAAAUACGUUAGAGAAUCAGGUUACGGACGGGAGCACUUCUGGACGUCGGGCACUGACUUGGCUGAAGAAGGCAACUUCUUCUGGAUGGCCAACGGCAGGCCGCUGACCUUCGUCAACUGGAACGCCGGAGAACCCAACAACUUCAGAUACGAGAACGGAGAAGAAGAGAACUGCCUAGAGCUAUGGAACAGAGACGAUAAAGGCUUGAAGUGGAAUGACUCGCCGUGUUCCUUCGAAACCUACUUCAUUUGUGAAGUGAGGUCCGAUUAA